AUGAGGUUCACAUCAGCACUCUUCGCUCUGGCUGCGGCCACUCUUUCACUUGCUUCAGACCCCAGCGAUUGCUCGACUACCUCGAAGGAAAAGACAGGCUCGGAUUUCAAGCUCACCGAACAAGCAGACAACGCCAAUGUCGCCUCUCUCUCCAAGAUCUUCACCGCGGCCGGCAAGAAGGUUUCGGUCGCCGACGUCUUCAACGAUGGCAAUCACCAGAUGACCACCGACUCCUCCGGGCGCAAGCUCUGGCAGCACACAUCGGAUUUCAACGACGAGGACACAACCAAGUGGGUGCCACAGGGCAUCACCUCAACAGCCGAUGCGCUUGACGCGGGCACCUACGAGGGUAUCAACGGCUGGAUCGUGAGCUGGCACCGUGAUGAUGAUAAAAGCGUGAGAAUCACAUUUGUGAACCGAGCCGAUGAUGGCUACCGCCAUGCACUGCUGGUGUACCCGCAUGCGUCGGACAACUUCAGAGAGGUUCCGGUGCAUGCAGGCGGUAUCAUGUGGUAUGGAAACACCUUGUGGGUUCUGGACACGUACAAUGGCAUCAGGGUCUUUGACUUGACCAACAUCUGGCAAGUCGGGGAUGGCAAUGGUGUUGGCAAGGUCUCCAGCGGCGUCUACUCGGCUGCUGGGUAUAAAUAUGUGAUUCCUCAGAUCAGAUGGUAUAAGUGGUCUUCUUCCUUCGAGUUCCGCCACUCCUACAUGGCCCUGGACCGCACCACCACUCCCGACAGUCUCAUCGUCGGCGAGUACCAAACCUCGACCUCGCUGCCCAUCCGUCUGGUCCGGUACGAACUCGACUAUACCACGCGCCGGCUCAAGACCGACAGCAGCGGCGUCUCCAAGGCCAUCUGGGCCUACUGCGUCAAUAUCGAGCGCAUGCAGGGUGCAGUGUCGGCCAACGGCAAGUUCUAUCUCUCGCGAAGCAACGGCGCAUCCAAGGGCGAUCUCUGGGCCUGGGUUCCCGGCGGUUCUGCGAAGCAGAAUGCCGGCUUUUACCCAAGGAGUCCCGAGGAUCUUAGCUACGACAAGAGAAAUGGCGGGCGUCUGUAUACCGUGACGGAGGCGGAGGGCGUGAGGUAUAUCAUCAACUCGGCUGUUAGCAGUCCCUCCAGUUGGGCAGGCAUUAGUCUGCUCUCUCUAGGGUUCGUUGCCCUCCUCUACGUUGUCGAGAAACUCUUCUUCGUGCAACCUCUUCCCAAGGGCGUCCCUUUUAUCCGAGAGCCGCCGGGAGCUACUCGCUUCAGUCUCAAGACACGAUGGGCUUAUAUGACAGACUGCGCCAAUCUUCACAAGGAAGCUUAUGAGAAGUACUUGGAGAAAGGCCAGGCCGUCGUCGUUCCUGGGGUGGGCUUUCGCAAAGAGCUCAUCCUGCCCCCGAGCUCCUACAAAUGGAUCAAUAGUUAUGACGAUAACCAACUGAGCGCGUGCCAUGCGUUUGCGGAUUAUGAUCAGAUUAUCCACUCGCUGGGCAAUGACAUCUACCUCUUGGAUCCAUGGCAGGGUACGACUGUCAAGAACGAACUGAAUCCCUCGUUGGAUAACCUCAUGGAUGCUCUGAACGAUGAAGUUGGCGUCGCCUUUGACACCUACCUUGGUACCGCUCCCGGAGAAUGGGUUGAGGUAAACAUCUUUGAGGUCAUGAAAAAGGUCAUCGCCCAAGCAAACAGCCGCUUCACCAUUGGUCUUCCUUUGUGUCGUAACCAAGAGUACCUGCAGACCUCCCUGGAGCUUAACGAGCAAUUCAUCACCUCCGCCGGCACCGGUCUCGCAUCCCCGGGGGUCCUCCGGCCCUUCACCACACGACUUGCCGCCAUCCCCCUCCGGUUGAACCUGCGCAAACUCCGCAACCUCGUCCGGCCCAUCUACGAGCAACGCCUUGAAUACCUCAAGCGCCCACGCACCGACCCGGACCCGAACGAGCCGCGCGAUCACUUCCAGAUCAUGCUAGGCUACGCCCAACGCGAGCGGCAGCAUGAGCUUGGGGACCUCAUGAACAUUACCACGCGUCUCGCCACCGCGAACUUUGGGUCAAUGCACCAGUCCGCCUUCCUGAUGACCAAUUUGAUCCUCAACAUCCUCGGCUCCGAAAAGGAGUUCAACACCGUCUCGGUGCUUCGCGAGGAGCUCGAGCGCGUGGCAAACUCGGACGGGAAUCCGGACACGUGGACCAAGGCCAAGAUGGCCAAGAUUGUCCGCGGCGACAGCGUGCAGCGCGAGACGCUGCGGCUGCACAGUUUUGGCGGGCGCGCUUUGCUCCGCAAGGCGUUGACGGACGGCAUCAUCACGGAUACCGGUAUUGAGAUACCAAAGGGGUGCAUCUUCUCGGUGCUCAGCUACGCGGUGCAGACCAGCGAGAGCAAGUACGAGCAGGCCAACAAGUUUGACCCGUUCCGGUUCUCGAGAGUUAGAGAACAAAAACAACAGCAACAGAACCAGCAGGUGGGCAACAAGGAAGGAGGAGCGGCGGGGCCGCCGCUUACCUUUGUGUCGACUUCGAUGGAUUAUCUGGCCUUUAGCAAUGGCAGGCAUGCGUGCCCGGGAAGGUUCCUGAUAGACUUUGAGAUCAAGAUGGCCAUGGCUUACUUGCUUGGGAAUUAUGAUUUGGAGCUGCCGGCUGAGUAUAAGGGGGAGAGACCGCCUACUGUUUGGAUGACUGAGGCCCAGUUUCCGCCAAAGGAGGCGAGGAUGAGGGUCAGGAGGAGAGAGAAGGUUUGA